GGCUAAAGUAAACAAUUGUGCGAGCAGCACUGCCAUUGUGCAGCCAUGGCCUCCAACAACACUCCGUCCGCGCCAGGCUCGAGCGGGAGUUCGAGCAAGGCAUCAACAACUGCAGACAGCAGACCUCGAAGUCCUGGCAGUCCAACGAGCCCGGGCACGUCGUCACGAAUGAGCUUCCAGCAACACCGUCCGAACCAGCCCUCGCAGCUUCGCGUCUCACACAUGCCGUCGACCUCGCCUGACGAUCAGCGUUCCCAGCAAGGCUCCGAUGCCCCAGGCAUUCAACCCCAAGACCACGAACCUACGGCCAUCACCAACACCGAAGCAACACGACAGGAAGGAGCCAUUGGGGGUUCAGAAGAGACGCCCAAUGCGGCGACGGCACUGCUGGAGCGAUAUAACCGGGACAGUGAGCAGACAGCGCGUCCGAGACGAGCGCGAGGAUACGGCAGUUUUGCGAGCACCUACGCCGAGACCUUGAACAGCUUCGAGCAGAGCCGACCAGGACUCGGCGCCCGCUAUGAAACAUCAGACGACUUCAACAACCAGACGCGUGGCGGGAUUGUUGAGCAUCUUCCUGAUGCUGUCUCUGAAGGCCUGCUGGGCAAGCCGAAAGCACAUGGAGUUACCAGUUGGUUACGCGAACGAGCAGGCAUAAAAGAGAAACGAAUGAUGUACAUUAACUACUACGUUCCAUUUACAAACUGGAUUCAACAAUACAGAUGGCAAUUUCUGCGCGGGGAUCUAAUCGCAGCGAUCACUAUGGCCUCCUUCUACGUUCCAAUGGCACUGUCGUAUGCCAGCAACUUGAGCCACAUGCCGCCGAUCAAUGGUCUCUACGCUUUCGUCUUCAACCCUUUCAUCUACGCAAUUCUUGGCACAUGCUCGCAAAUGGUAGUCGGACCCGAAGCAGCUGGCUCAUUGCUGACGGGAAGCGUGGUGGUCGAGGCCAUUAAGAAAGGCCAUAUUCGCGACGAUGACGGCAUGAAAGCCGCUCAGGUUGGCGGCAUGGUUACUGGCAUUGCGGGGGCUUUCAUUCUAAUUGCUGGCAUUUUGCGACUUGGUUUUCUGGACAGCGUUCUGUCACGCCCUUUCCUGCGUGGCUUCAUUAGCAGCAUCGGUCUUGUCAUCUUUAUCAACCAGCUUUUGCCCGAGAUGGGCCUAGACAAAGCAGCAGAGAACUCUGUACGCGCACAUGGUUCGCCUCUCGACACACUCAUGUUCAUCAAGGAUCAUCGGCACGAAAUCCACAAGUUCACUGCCGGAAUCAGCUUUGGCGCCGUUGCAAUCAUUCUGUUCAUGCGAGAACUCAAGCGCCGCCUGCAACCACUUCCUAAGCUCAACUGGGUGGUUUUCAUUCCAGACCGGUGCAUUGUCGUUGUGCUGUCUGCCGUUCUAGCGUGGCGCUACGACUGGCAAUCGAAGGGCCUGGACAUUCUUGGAGAUAUCAGACCACCAUCUGGCCUUCCAAUAUUCCAGCCUCACUGGCCCUUCGCACAAGAAAAUUUCAAGCACGUCAACGAUGCCUUCGAAACCGCUUUCAUCGUUGCACUCCUUGGCUUCUUCGAAAGUUGUGUCGCAGCGAAGAGUCUUGGCAGUGGUAAUGUGAAGACAGAAGUCGUGCACAAGACGCGAAAAGAUGGAACAGUGGAAGAGGUGGAGGAAAGUGAUGGUAUUCGCGGCAUCACUGUGUCUUCAAAUCGCGAACUCGUUGCACUGGGCGUGGCAAACAUCAUUGGAGGAGCCUUCAUGGCCAUUCCAGCGUUUGGUGGCUACGGCCGAAGCAAGAUCAACGUCAGCACUGGAGGCAAGACGCCAAUGAGCAGCGUCUUUUUGUCUCUGAUCACAGUCUUGUGCACCGUGUUCCUUCUACCAUAUUUUUACUAUAUUCCAAGAGGCGUCCUCUGCGCCAUGAUCACGGUCGUCUCCAUCUCCCUCCUCGAAGAAGCUCCGCACGACAUCAUCUUCUUCUGGCAAAUUGGCGGCUACAUUGAACUCUUCCUCAUGCUCCUUGUCUUCCUCACCACUUUCUUCUGGUCUCUCCGCGGCGGAAUUAUCGUCGGCAUUAUAUUCUCCCUGAUCCGUCUCAUGAAACACGCCACUCGACCACGCGUCCAGAUUCUUGGCCGUGUCCCUGGGACCCAUGAAUUCGAGAAUGCAGAGCUCCUCGCUCAAGAAGGCCGCAUCGAAAUGGUACCCAACAGUCUCAUCGUCAAAAUCCCCGAACCUCUCACGUUCGCCAACACUGGCUCCUUGAAAGACCGCUUAAAACGACUUGAAGACUAUGGAACGAAUUACGCACACCCUGCUCUUCCUACCAUGAGGAGUAAAGAAAAUAACAAGAACAUCAUCUUCCACAUACAUGGUGUCACGGGAAUGGACUACGCCGCCGCGCAAGUGCUAGUAGAAAUCGUCAAAGAAUACAAAGAUCGAGGGCAUGGUGUGUAUUUCUGCCGCAUUCCUCCGAAAAAGUCCAAAGUCUGGAAAUUGUUCGAAAAGGCUGGCAUUGUCGAUUUAUGUGGAGGAGAACAUAAUUUCUUCCGAACGGUGGACGAAGCACUACGAGCAGCGGAGAAGAGAGGGAUGGGGACGUUCCGGGAAUACCUUGAAGAGGAAGAAAGAGCUAUCGGGAGUGCUUCUGGGAGAGAUUUUCGCUCCGCGGCGCCUGUCGGGCUGGAAGAGGGUGCGAACACCACGUCUGCUGUUGAGGGAAAUGAUAACAGCGAGGUGGCGAAUCUGAUUGAUCGGACUUUGACGCCGCCUCUAGACGAUGCGGCGAGUUUUAUGCAGGGGAUGAGUGGGAUGUCGAGACAGCAUGGAGAGGCGGAUGUUGAGGGAGGAUUCAGUAGAGGGUGAAGGGUCGACAUGACAUGAUGGCAUCAUAUAUUUUCUGACUUGAAAUGUACACGUAGAGAGCGAUGUGUACAAAUGAAUGCUUUAUGAAGGCUACGGCA